CUUAUCAGGAGUAAAAAUGUUUAAAGCUAACAAUAAGCUAUACUUUGUUGAAGACAAACUGUACUUUAUGAAUGCUUGUAUUAGAAUGCCAAUGUAGAUGCAAAGAAGAUGGAAAUGCGCCUGCGCGACUUCUGUUCGAACAGUGCAAUUUCAUGAAGAAAGAUCAGUAUAUUUAAUCGAACAGUAAAAGAAAGACGGAAUAAGAGAAUUUGUCCAUGUCUUCGAAUCUCACAGUAAAAUUUUGGUGCUCGCAGAAAGAUGACACGUAUUUCUCAAUACUGUAAUCUUAAUAAAAUCCUACUGCUUGCUAUUGGAUUAUGGCCUUAUAAACAAUCUAAAUUAACUCGAUUUCACUGCAUUAUUUUUCGUGUUAUUUUGUUAACAGGUAUUAUAUUUCAGGUGACACCGUUGAUAACGUUAAAAUGUACUUCAGAACUCGUUAUCAAAGUGCUGUCUUCCGUAUCUUUCUGUGCAAUGUUUGUAAUUCAAUAUCAUUCAUACUAUCUUAAUAUUGAAGUUGUAAAAAAUUUACUAACACAGCUUGAACAUGUACAUAAUAAGUUAAAGGAUAAAAACGAAAUUGCUAUUGUAUACGAAUAUAGUUGCAUUGGCAAACGCUACACAAUUGCACUUACGGCAUUUGGUAUUUGCGGACUAUUUAUUCUUACUAUAACUCAAAUCUGGUUAAAUGCAGUUAAUACUAAUUUAUCAAUAAUGAAUAUAUCUGAACCUCAUUAUUCCUUUGUCAUGGAAUACUUUAUUGAUCAGAAAAAAUAUUUUUAUUUAAUUCUACUGCACACUUGCGCAGUAUUAUACAUCGGGGGAACUGUAAUGUUAGCAAUAGGCACACUACUUAUUACAUAUAUUGAGCAUACAUGCGGAAUGUUUAGAAUUGCUAGUUACCGCAUCGAGCAUUCAGUUAACCUGGACAUUCUACGACAUACUGUGCAAAAAUGUAAGAGUUUGAUGACCGAAGGCAUAAUUUGUGCUGUACACAUUCACCGGCAAGCUAUAAAAUUGUCCAAACGUAUAUUGUCCACGUUUGAAGCAAUGAUAUCUUGUUUCACGGGAUGUGUUGUAAUUUGCUUCAGCCUCAACUUGUUUCAACUUUUUCAAAUAACAUCAUUUAAAAAUAAUAUGUACGAAUUUAUGCUGCAUUUUACGUAUGCAUUAGUAAGCAUAGUAUACAUGUUUAUAGCCAACUAUAUCGGACAGAGUGUAAUCGACCACAAUAAUCACGUAUACAUUGCUGCGUACAACGUUCAGUGGUAUAGAACUCCUUUACAUAUUCAGAGAAUGGUAUUAUUCUUGUUGCAAAGAGGAACCCUUCAUUAUUCUUUAAAUAUUGGUGGAUUAUUUGAUGCGUCCAUAGAAGGUUUUGCCACGCUAAUAAAAGCUUCGGUGUCUUAUUUUACUCUCAUGAAUUCUAUACAGUAAAACCAUCAAAAUUAAUUUAUCAUUAUCAUUAAGAUAAAAUUAAUAAAGAAAUUAUAGUAUUCAAGCUUAGAAAAUAAAUAUAUUUUUUGAAUGUAUAUUAGAUACUGAUUGUUGACAUGUCUACUUCUCUGCUAAAUAUAUGAUUAAAGUUACUUAAAUCAAUAUCAAGGUAUCGAGUCUAUUAAACUAUUUGUAUUAUAAUACAUUGAAAGCAUUCUUCUACCUUUAGUUUAAAUGUAAACAGCAUUAGUUUAAAUAUUUCAUAUUGUUAUAAAAUAAAAUUUAUUCUCACACAA